CGUGCAUCUGUGUUGAGUUGAAUACCGUGCAGGGACCCCUAGAGUCUAUAUUUUUCUGGUCUCAGCAAUUCCCUUACUUCUAGGAAUCGUUACACACUCAUCAUGAAUGCUGUCAGCAACCUGGACCCGGGUAUGGACCUAAUGACUACUCCUAUGGCUCCAAAUCCUAGUGGGGAACCUCCAAAUUUUGUUAAUCCACCGUCCCUCAAGAAUGCAACACUCAGCGUUGGUGUUCUGCUCAUCGUUAUCAGUGGCUUUAUGCUCACGCUGCGGUUGUUCGCGAAAUGGAAACAUAGUAAGGAAUUUCAUCUUGAUGAUGUAUUCUGUCUCUUCGGAUGGAUCUGCGCAAUAGCAUACUGGGCUAUAUCGUAUUCAAUGGUUUUAGGAGGAUCCUCAGGUAGGCAUGCGUGGGACACGCCGAUUGGAGUCAUCCUUGCGCCAACAUAUAUGAAGCGGAUGCUAUCGCAGACCAUCCUGGGUGGAUUCAACAUGUGGAUGGUUCGUGCUGCAGUGCUGUUAUUCUACAUCCGAAUCUUCAAUAGCGUGCGCUGGGUACGAUACACUUCAUGGGGUGUGAUUAUCUUGUCUGGCAUACUCUACACCAGCGGUAUCUUCCUAAGCAUAGCGAACUGCGCACCAAGAGCGGGCAAGAGUUGGAACUCGGUAUCCUUUGCAAAGUGCUCGGAUCCCAUCGUCUCAAGGUUUUUCAUUGCGAGCGGUGUAGCAAGCGUCAUCACAGACUGUAUCACUUUUGCGAUACCUUUUCCUAUUAUUGUUAGGUUGCAACUCAGUUCAAAGAAGCGACUCGGCCUACUGAUUGUUUUCUCUCUAGCUAUCUGCACUGUUAUAGCAAGCUGCGCUUCUUUAGCUUAUCGGAUCUUGGUCCACCAAAGAGUCACCGAUGCAACUUGGGUUGGAAUGCAGGCGAUCAUCACCUCUUAGGUUGGGCGAGCGAUUUGGCACUAUAAUGAUUGGAUGCGUACCCGGCGUCUCAUCUUUCUGGUCCCAUUUCUUCACGAAAACACGCUUCUACUCAAACAUGCGGACACGCUUGUAUUCAAGACGAUCCAGCACAAGUGGAAAUUGUCAUCUCACAAGCCCGCGUUGGUAUGGUGCACGAGGAAGUAGCGAGCGGAAGUCGAGCUACCAGUCUUCCACUGAUGUAGAGUCCGCCACAGCAGGUCUGCAGACUACGGUUG